UUUGUUAUUGGUCUCAAACCCUAUUCAGAACAUCAAACAUGUCAAAGGGGAGUGUAUCAGCUGACUGAUACAAAGGUUCAUUUGUUUUUGUCGAUCAUCUUGUCAAAUUUUACUUAAUAACUCUAAACAGUCCAUGAAGGUAUAAAGUCCUUGUUGAGAUUGUGAACGCUGUCCAGCUUGUUACGUGUUGAAGGAUCAAACCACAAGGGCUGAAUGAACCAUGAAUGCUAUUGAAUGUAACAAUGUCUGUAAACACUAUGGUCGAGGAACUCACCGUCUCGAUGUGUUGCAGAAUCUCAACAUGACCGUACCUCGGGGAACCAUCUACGGACUUCUCGGACCAAGUGGCUGUGGCAAGACUACCCUCCUGCGAUGCAUUCUGGGUCGUCUCAAGACGGACCGAGGUACCGUCCUGACAUUGGGGAAACCCCCUGGGACCAAGGGGCUUGGAAUACCAGGUAGCAUGGUUGGGUACAUGCCUCAGGAGACAGCCCUAUUUGAUGACUUCACUAUCGGCGAGACCCUCAACUACUUUGGGACCAUUCACCAGAUGGCCAAGGCCGAUCUCAAGAAGAGGAAGGUAUUCCUUAUAGAGCUUCUAAACCUCCCUGGCUUGGGGUCAAGGGUUGGCAAUCUCAGCGGAGGACAGAAGCGUAGGGUAUCCUUUGCUGCUGCCCUGGUUCAGAGCCCUCCUCUACUCAUCCUGGAUGAACCAACCGUCGGAGUGGAUCCACUACUGAGAAUCAAGAUUUGGGACCAUUUAAUCCAAUUUGCACAAAAGUCACAGACUACGAUCAUCCUGACCACCCAUUACAUUGAGGAAGCUCGUCAAGCUAACAUCGUUGGUUUGAUGAGGAACGGUCAGCUGUUGUCGGAGUCACACCCACUAGAGCUGAUCAACCGUCACCAGUUACCCACACUUGAAGACGUUUUCCUAAAGCUGUGUAUGCAAGAUACUUCAAAUAGCGGAGAGGCACAGGAACAUGUGAAUCCGACUGAGGUAAUCCCCCACAUCAGUAACUCCUCAUCCGAGAACAGCAUUCAAGGAGUAGACGGGAAAGAAGUCUACACGUCAGACAGAGAGUUGUUGCUGGACAACGACUCACAGGUGCAGAUGAGUCGACCUUCGUCUAGCUGCUGCAAGAAUGACUUCCUCAGUCUGUCUAGGCUCUGGGCUCUGAUGGUCAAGAACGUCAUACGCAUCAUGAGGAAUCCUGGUGUGGUUUUCUUCUCCAUCAUCAUCCCCAUUCUUCAGACGUCUCUCUUCUGUCUCGCUAUCGGCAAUGAUCCGAGGGAUCUCCCCGUUGCCGUGGUGAAUAACGAAGUCCCACCACAGCUCAGUCUGUUAUAUUUGCAGAACGUCAACAACUACUCUGUCCAUCAGGUACCAGUUGCAAACUUCAGUACGGCGAUGGAUGGAGCAAAGAAUGGGGACUACUGGGGCAUUAUAGAAUUUGGAGCAAACUUCACUAAAGAUCUCAUAACAAGAUUUGAAGAUCCGUCAAAGGCCACUGCUCAAAUCAUCGAUGGAGGUUCGGUCCAUGUCUCUCUGGACAUGACAAAUUCCCAGAUUGCCAUAGCACUGCAGCAGGACAUGCUGCUUGCAUUUCAGAAACUGACUGCAGAGUUUUUACCUGAUCCAGCAGUGGCUCAAAUACCAGUUAUUUUUGAGAAACCCAUCUACGGCAGCUCAAUGACAAAGUUCAUAGACUUCCUGGCACCCGGCAUUAUAGUAACAAUUGUGUUUUUCUUGGCCAUGGGAAUUACAGCAUUGUCUUUGGUGAUUGAAAGAAAAGAAGGAUUACUAGACAGGAGUUGGGUGGCAGGUGUGAGUGCAACUGAAGUGAUGCUGUCUCAUGUAUUAGUCCAGGGUACGCUCACAAUCCUACAGAGCGUCAUCGUUCUUGUUUUUGUACUUGGAGUUUUCAGUAUUCCAAACGAGGGUAGUCUGUUCCUAGUUGCCUUGAUGUGUUUCCUUCAGGGACUUUGCGGCCAGGCAUUCGGCCUCUUUGCUUCAUCAGUCUGUAGCACGGAGGUGACUGUCAUGCAACUAACUCAGGGAUUCUUCUAUCCAACACUACUCUUAAGCGGUAUCAUUUGGCCGAUUCAAUCGAUGCCCGACGUACUUUAUUACAUCAGUAUUUGUCUGCCACAAACCUUCGCCAAUGAGGGCUUAAGAGGCGUUCUGAGUAAAGGAUGGGGUCUGGAGCACUUUGAGGUGUGGAUUGGCUACGUCAUCACACUCUCCUGGACGGUGCUGUUCCUGUUUAUGUCUGCAGGGUUUUUACGUCUCAGUAAAUAGAUGAUCGACAGUAAUGUCUUCAAGGUGAGGGCUACACUUGACUGCCACCAGGGGUGUGUUGCCAGCUACUCCUAGGGCUGAAACAGGGCUACAUGAUGUAGAUAAGCAUGGGUAUCAUCCACUGGGAGCCUUGAUGAUACAGCAGAAUGCACAACAUUCCUAAUACAACGUUUUACCAAGCAACCAAGGAAUUCUACACUUGUGGACGGUAGAAUCACAUGCUUCAUAGGUUGCUGUAAUCUCGGUUUUCGGUGGUUUGCAGUACCAUCGACGGCAUGCCAUGCCUGCUUUGACUUGAUGUUUAGUUGUUGCGUGACUUCACAGUUCCAGUGCAGCUUUCCCCACGGGCAGUUUGACCAACCUCAGUUUUCUCCCUCAAUGGUCUGUCUCACCGAUUUGCCCUUCUAGAUUUCAAGGUAUGUUCAUUGUUUUGUUCUUGUAACUAACAUGUUAUGCUGAUUUAAAGGCACUGGACACCUUUGGUAAUUUUCAAAGACU